AUGAACACUACUGAGACAGAGCAACUAAUGAUUAUGAGCAAAAGGAUCUUUGUGAAAUUGGCGAUGUGCUCAUGGGUCUUGGGCAUCAUGACAGCAACUGUGGAGGUCACAUGGGUGUUUAGUUUCCCCUUUUGUGGUCCUAAUAAAAUUAAUCAUAUAUCAUGUGAAUCCCCAGUAGUGAUGGAGCUUGCCUGUGCAGACACAUUCCUGUUUGAAGUCUAUUCCUUCACAGGCACCAUGUUGAUUGUCAUGGUGCCCUUUCUAUUGAUAUUCUUGUCUUAUACUCAAAUUCUCUUCACCAUCCUGAGGAUGCCAUCCACUACAGGGAGGCAGAAGGCCUUCUCCACAUGUGCCUCUCAUCUCACCUCUGUCACUCUCUUCUAUGGCACAGCGUGCAUGAGCUACUUGCAGCCUAAAUCCAAGUACUCACCAGACACCAAGAAACUGAUGUCAUUGGCUUACUCUCUGCUCACCCCUCUGCUGAAUCCACUUAUCUACAGCCUGAGAAACAAGGAAAUGAAAAGGGCUGUGGCAAAAUUAUGGCAAAGGAAAGUGGUUUUCUUACUUGCUGAGAAGCCAUUUGAGAUAUGGAAACCACCCAAAGAAGCACUACCUUAA